UGACAUAACACUAAAAUAUCUAUAGUAGAGAUUUACAUAUUUUUACACAAACACUCUUCUGGUAAUUUUUGGCAAUGUAGCAGUACAAACAACCAUGGGUGGUGUAUAAGAAGUAGUGGAUUGUAACUUACUUGAGUGUUAUCCUUUGAGAAGCAACACGUUGUACUCUGUAGACUGGUAGUGAAAAACAGUAAACUCUCCACAAAAAGAUUUUGUUUUGUGUAAAUUAUGUGCAUGUUUUUGAUAUCACCUUAGUAUAUAACAUAACAUUGCCAAACUCACAUGAUCCAGUUCAGGGUUGUGGGAGGAUGGAGUCUUGUCAGCAUGGAAUACAAGGCAGCAACUACUCUUGGAUGGGAUUUCAGUCAUACACAACACUACAUAGGGCCGAUUUAGAAUCAACAGUCAACUUAACAUAUACAUCUUUGAAGAUUUGAGGGAAUUUCUGGUGAAAAACACAUACACACACAGUGAAUAUGUACAUACUCCACACAGAUUACAGCCAACAGGAUCCAAAUUCAGGAUAUUAGAUUUUUGUGGUGGCAACAAGCACUGCAAAACUAUGCUUCAGCAUUAGGACAUCCAAGUUGGAAAUUUAUUUUAAUUGUCUAUCUCUAGUAAAAUAAGAAUAAUAAGACUUAUGCACUGUGUAUUACCAUAGACAAAUGUGGUGAUUAACCAUGACCCUAUGGCUCAUUUCAUUACUUGUACCACCAUUAUAAAGGUGCUUUUUCUUAAUCAUAGCAUUCCAGCUCUUAUUGCUGAUUGCAGUGAAACAAGACAGUCUUACAGUACAUGUACAGGUGCAGCCUUUCUGUGUACAAGGAAGUAGAGGCGUUAAAAAAAAGGACUUUGUUCCUGUUCUUUUGUUAGCUUUAUCAUGUAGGUAAUCACGAGUAGUCUGUCGUGGCUCAACUCUUGGGUGUAUAUCAGAGCUGCAGCUUGUUUGCAAUACAGUCUAAGAUUCACAUUGUGGGUGGUGGUCCACAGUUACAGGUACGUUUUGUGGCCCUCUUGUCCGCCUGCGAGGAAUUCCUGGAUUGAUCUUCUAGCCUGCAUGUGAGCUACUAAGUGAUUCUUUGUCUUCAAAAAUAUGCAGCAGAAAAGCCACGAAGAGCAGCCCUAAGGACUGUGUGUUAUAAAGGCUGAGCAAGCAAGAGAUCAAGACAGUGAGAUCAGAAAUGUCAGCAGUCAUGGGAGUGUUGUAUGUCUGUAGUGUAUCUGUGGUUCUGAUAUUGUACUUGGGUCUUAGUUUUAGCAUCCAGGCAACUACAAUCUGUCUGGUACUAUUGGGGCGGUUGACUGCUGCAGACAGUGUGCGCACUCUGAGGAGCUGAGGGGAGCCCCUUGGGGCAAGCAGAGGUGAUGACUGAACUGUUCUGAAGGCGUUGCAGAGGAAGGGUGUACGGACAAAGGAAGCUCUGUUUGCUUCACCCUCCUGAACCAUGGCCUGGCUGUCUUCCUCCCUCUAUCCUGGCUGAGGAAAACCUUGAGCUAUUUAUAGUGCUUGUCUGGGAUGUGGGUUGGCAUUUUAACCCCCCUUCCUUCACUUCUGCCGAAUCCAGCUGAACUGAUAUGAACCGACUCGGGGCAGGAGUUCGGCGUACAAGAGUAGAAGGAGGGCAGCUUGGUGGAGAUGAAUGGACCAGGCAUGGAAGUUUUGUUAACAAACCCACUCGGGGGUGGCUUCACCCAGACAGCAUUGUGACUGGACCUGGCGUGUCCUAUCCUGUCAGGUAUAUGGGCUGUGUCGAAGUGCUCCAGUCUAUGAGAGCAUUGGACUUUAACACCCGCACACAAGUCACCAGAGAGGCAAUAGCAGUUGUCUGUGAAGCAGUGCCUGGUGCCAAAGGAGCUAUGAGAAGAAGAAAGCCUACAAGCCGAUCUCUGACGUCCAUCCUAGGGAAAAGCAAUCUACAAUUUGCUGGCAUGGCAAUAAACUUGACAAUCUCAACCAGUAGUCUGAAUCUAAUGGCCACUGAAUGCAAACAGAUCAUAGCCAACCACCACAUGCAGUCAAUUUCUUUUGCCUCUGGAGGUGACCCAGACACGGCUGAAUAUGUUGCUUAUGUUGCCAAAGAUCCAGUCAAUCAAAGAGCAUGUCAUAUCUUGGAGUGCUCAGAGGGUCGUGCGCAAGAUGUCAUCAGCACUAUUGGGCAAGCCUUUGAACUACGCUUCAAGCAGUACCUAAAGAACCCUCCCAAACUGGUGACUCCACAUGAUAGGAUGGCACCUUUUGAUGGAUCAGCUUGGGAUGAGGAGGAUGAGGAUCCAGCGUCUGACAUACAGUACUACAAUGACUAUCCUGGAAAGGAACCCCCACUUGGAGGUCUUGUGGAUCUCCGAGUACGAGAUGCUGGUUCUGGAGCUCGAAGUGGUGUGUCAAGUGCUACCACCACUGGUGCUACCCUGCCACUUGGAAAUCCUUCUGGAAAUUUGGACAACCAGAGACAAGUUCCCUUAUUGCCAGGUCAAGCCAGAGAGAGGGAUCUCGCUCCCCCAUUACCUGGUGUCAAGCCCUACAGCCGCACAGAUCUCUUUGAUGACCCUUCGUAUGUCAAUGUGGAUAAGUCCCGCGCUCACAAUUCCACAGCCAAUGGCAAUGCACAUCGGGAUGUCUUUGACAUGAAGCCUUUUGAGGAUGCCUUACGAGUUAAUGCACCUGCUUCAGGUUGUCCCCCCUCCUGCCCUGUGGCUCCCCCAAUGGAGGAACAGUUACGUCGUGAGAUUUGGUUUCAUGGGAAAAUGAGUCGUAAAGAUGCAGAAAAACUCCUUAAAGCAAAUGGGGACUUCUUGGUGCGGGAGAGUACUACCACCCCAGGACAAUAUGUUCUGACAGGACUACAAGUGGGUCAACCUAAGCAUUUGCUACUUGUAGACCCAGAGGGAGUGGUACGAACUAAAGACCAUCGUUUUGAGAGUGUCAGUCACCUUGUUAGUUACCAUAUGGACAAUCACUUGCCCAUCAUUUCAGCAGGCAGUGAAGUGUGCCUUCAGCAGCCUGUGGAGAGAAGAUCAUGAAGGCAAGCACUCCACAAGCCUUUUUACUCGCCUUCCAUUGCAAACUACAGUGAGAAUUUGCUAUCCCCUCUGGAUGCUUCACUUGAAUACUAAAAAACAGAAUCUAGGUGGGACAAAUCACUGUGAAAAGCCAGAGAGAGAAAAACUGGGAUUCAUCAAUCAAUCUCCAAUCCUGUUGUUUGCUCCAAUAUGACAUUGUAAAGGAUGCAUUUCUUUGUGUAGGUGACUGAACAUUAUUGCUUCUACUGCAGAUUGUCAGUGGGUAGUGAUUUUGAAUUCGUAACCGUAAAAAGCAAGUGCUUGAACACACAUUAGAGCACAAAGUUACGGCCUGAAAUACACACUUGCUCACAGUGCACACUAAAGCAAGAGGUUCAACCUUCUUGUGUGUAUCCUUUCAUUUAAUGCUUGCUUUUUACCACAUCAUUGUUUGUAGCACUGUGCUAGAGACAGGAACUUCAACUCUAGUAAACCAAAGAUCUGUGCCUCACUUGAAUCUGAAGAGAUGUAGCUUGUGUGGUGAAGCAUGGGUAAAAGACAAAUAUUUACAGUAUAUAACAUCAGCCAAAGUCUUCAGAUGCAUAGGCACUGUCUGCUUUUAAAGGUUGUUAAUGUAAAGGAAAAAAAUAAAACAAUACUGGAAGAAACAGUGAGCUAGUUUUAAGGAACUAGUGAAUCUGUCUAUAUGGACACCACAUAGUGAAAUUAACAGUGUGUGGAAAAUGACAAUGAACAGUUGCUGGCAAAAAGUUAAUUGGUAUAAUGAAUCAGCUCAUGUGUCAUUUGUUAGGAGUUUCUGUUUGUUUUUCUUAGAUGUGUGAAACCAAAAAUUCCAGUAUCUACAUUUUAAACCUUUCACUGUGCCCUUUUCUGGUACAGUAGAUACAUUUAUUUAUCCAUGAAUAAUAAUUUAAGCUGCUGUGAAAGUUUACCAAACCAGAGGUACAUUUUUAAUUAAUACUUUCACUCGGAGAGGGAGGCUUGGUGUCAUAAGAGAGCUCACUGGCAUCAGCCUUGCUAAACAUGACUGCACACUCUUAAGAAGAACAGUUAGUUUUGAUCAGUGUGGAAUCUUCCAUGGUAAAAAGUGGGCCUUCCUUCUAGAAAAAGCACAAGUCUAAGUUAAUUGGUAGUGUUGUAUUUGUCUUUAUCAAACCUAAAGUGAGUCUCAUGAAGAUGAUAAUAUUUUGGACUUUGGAUGAGCUAAGAGCAGCAGAUUUGAACUGAUUAGCAUUGACAUAAAUGUCAAGACAUCAGUCAAUAAAUGCAAAGGAGAGGUUUAAAACGUACUUAAUGUUCCAUGAAGGGGAGAUUUUAAAGGUCAUCUCUUACACUCUGAUUCAGCCCUCAAACAUUUGACUUUCUAUUUCAGCCCCAAGUACAAUUGCACCAUCUUGACAAAAAUAAAAUUUAACUGAAUGUUUUAUAAUCUAUUAAGAGGUCAAAGGCUGUUGCUUCACAUGAAUACUGCAUUAGCCUUAACCCAAGUGCCCAAGUUGUUUUUUGACAGGAUACAUUAAAAGGUAACAAUCAGACAGAGGUGGCUUACAUUUGCAAUGAAGCUACACAAAACAGAGUUGGAAAGAGGAAGCUUUACAUUGUUGAUUGCUGUUGGCAUUCUAUGCAGGCUCCAGCUGUUCAGCUCUACUACAGCCUGAAAAACAAAAGCUAUUUUAAACCUGCUGAUGGAUGGGUCUCUAGCAAAUACACACGCUUCUAUAUCUGCAGUAAAUUCAGAAAUAUGUUCUUGGGUGACAAAGGCUAUUUUCUGUUGUUCACUGCAGCUGUGCAUUUUGUGCAUCUUAUAUAAUUUGGUACAGGAUUUUAGGUAAUUACAGGUGGAGGAGGUCCUUGUUUCCAAAUUUCAAUAUUUUAAUAUAUAUAGAUACACAUACUUUGUUUUCAUACACUAUGUUAUGACAUUCAUUUUCACUGUUUAAAGAGUAAGUUAACUGGGCAUACUGUAUAGUCAGCUUUAUGUUGAAACUCUGAAGAGUGCCGUCUCUUCUGCUAGCUACAGUACACGCUUAAGAUUUGCCCACUUUGCAGCUUUUCUAAAUUAGAUUUGUUUCCGUCAUUUGAUUCGUAUCAGAAUCAUGUAGAGUCUGCUAGUUUUUGACAAAUAUCUGCAGCUUUUCUCUUAGCAGGCACACUAAUUUUCCACAGUGGUCUGUAUUCUGAAGCACAAACUCCAUUUUUCUCCUCCUUUGCACAUAGCUUGCAAUCUCUAGUCAAGAAAAAAAAAUAUGAAAUGUGCCUUGGCCCCAACGGUGGCCUAAUCUAAUUUAUGCAAAGGUUUUUACUUUGACAGGGAACCAAAGUCAGGUUAAAGGGGGAGCCAAGAUCCUGAGCGUGAGGUUGCCAUUACUGUCUGUGUUAGUGUGAUUUUCCACUUUUAGCACAAGUUUACUUAGUCACAAAGUCUAUGAAAGCUCAUAGACAAAAUCCUAUUUAGUUGGGUGCAGUGUUUAAAAUUAAGUCAUUUGCCGUACAUUUGGUUAGCUUUUUGACUAAUGUAUGGGCUAGUGAAUGUUUACACUAAGUGAAAACUUUUAAAAACUUAAGUUGUCUCUCUUUAGUGUUGUGUCAAAGUAACACCAUAGUACAACUAUUCUAAUCAAUUUCUUGUGUGUAGUAGUCAAGAUAGUGUAACUGUUUCGCUGACUCUUAAGCAUUUUCUGCCAAUAUAAUUCUCAGUGAUAUGUGCAUUUAUAACUUUUAAUGAACCUUUACACCUACUAAUUCUUUUGGUUUUUUUUUAAGUAGAAGAACAUAAAUUUGACAAACGAGGAGACCGUUCAGGCCAUCAAGAUUGUUUGUUUGACUGAUAGCUAAACAGUCCCAAUAUCUCAUGCAGAUACUUCAUAAAAGUUCUCAAGGUUUCUAUUUCAACUGCAUGGCUCAUUAGUUUGUUUCACAUUCUCACAACUCUUUGCCUGAAGAAGUGCUUCCUAAAUUUAGUCCUAAGUGCACCUCCCUUAAUUUCUGCCGGUGUCCUUGAGUACAUAAUUCACUGUUUAGCUGAAAUAAUUCUGUUGAAUCUAUUUUAUCAGUGCCUUUGAGACUUUUGCAGACUUGUAUUAAGCCCCCAUGCAGUCUAUUCUGCUCAAGACUAAGCCGAUUUAACUCUGUGAGUCUGUCAAAGUAGGACAUGUCCUUAAGUCCAAGGGUGCUCCUGUUUGCUCUCCUCUGCAUACUUCAAGUGCUGCUAUGUUCUUUUGGAAGUGCGGUGACCAGAACUGCACACAAUAUUCCAGAUGCAGUCUUGCAAUUGCAUUAUACAGUCUCAGCAUAACAUCCCUUGAUUUAUAUUCAGCAGGUUUAAUGAUUUAACCUAACAUUUUAUUUGCCUUUUUAAUCGCUUCUGCACACUGCUUAGGUGAUGAAAAUGUUGCUUCUACAUAAACCCCUAAAUUCUUUCUAGAAGGUGCUUCCUGUAGGACAGUGUCUCCCAUCUUGCAUUUAUAAUUGAUUUUCCCUUUACCCAUGUGUAGCACUUUUCUACAUUAACACUGCUUCUCUUUUUUAAAUGAAAAAUUUGAAAUUCUUGGUAAAAUGGUAUUGCAUUAGAUUUAUUUGUAAUACCAUUAGGGAAAGAUAAAAAAACGUUUUCCCAUAAAAUGCAAAGAUGUAUUAAAGUAGCCAGACCUGAAGAAGGCAAUGAUACAAGAAACACCAAUGCAGACAGUAAAGGCUAGAAAUGCACUUGUGAAGUUGAUGAGCAAACACUGAACUUUGUUUCUUCCUUGCUCAGUUUGGAACUCUUUGUGACAGUGUGUGCAGAAAAAUUCAAAUUCAGAUUGGUGGGCCAGAUCUCCUCCAUGUGAUGUAUGUGAUGCAAACUUUUCCUUGAUGUGAGUGGAAAAAAUUGCGAAGUCACAAUUUGAAAAGGUAACUUUUGCAAAAUUGCUUGCAAUGUCACACAAGGGACAAAAUGCAUGAGAAUACCCGGAAGAAAUGCUUUAUGGUGGUACGUUUGCUAUGGGCUCCUUGUCAGAUAUGAGACUUUCUCUGCUUUGCUAAGCAGCACAAAGCACAUACCAUUUUCAUCCUCACCUUUUGUUUUGAAGUUUCUUGACGCUGUUUAUCACAACACUGCCUGAGCUCCUAAUUACUUUUGGAAACUGAAGCACAGUUUGACCCAAUUUGAUGUCAGGAAAUUGAAAUGGUUAUUCUGUAGCACAAGCAUUGUAUGGUAACCUAACAUUUUGGUUAAAAUUGGUGGGCUUCUGCAGUAAUCACAGUAACUUUCUGGGUCAAGAGGAAACUGUUUGCUUUUUCGGAGGUGUGAUGCAAAUAUUGAUGGUUGGAGAGAAAGACAGUGCAUUAUGUGAAAGCCCUGUGCUGCUUUUUGACAUUGGUUCCCCCUUUUUAUGUUGCUUUUAUCUUUUAUGUGUCCGUAUGUUCACAUUUUUUGUACCUGUAUCAAUUUUUCAAAUAUGGCUCUUGGAGGUGGCCAGUUGCCAAGAGAGAAUAUCAAAAAAGAAUGGCAGUGCCCCACUGGAAUUGGCGGGAUCUGUGUUCCAAUUUAAAAGCAAGUCUUGAAAUUUCUCUUGGGUAUAAUGAUGGACAACAGAAGCUUUUAUAAUUAGAUUAGAUUUGGGGCAUUAUUAGUGUAGCUUUAGUAUAUAUUCAUGUGUGGUUAUGUUUUAGGGGCCCAUUGGCUCCUAAAGAACAGCUAGACUGUCAUUAAGAAUCAUUCUCCAUCACUACCGGCUGUGACCAUGUUAAAUAAUAAAAAAUAAAUCUUAUCAGUUAAGACUUGUUGUUAUAAAGAAAAUUAAUAUGAGAGUCACUGGCCGUUUUGUCUGUGACCCUCGUUGCAAAGAAUAUAAUUUGAAUACAUUAAAAUAGUGUAACACGUUAGUGUGAGUGCAAUGUUUUAAACCCGUGGAAGCUCAUGUACUCAGAGGGUUCACCUCACCUUUUUGGUUUAGACCACGCUGGGUUUUCCAAAGUAGAUCUUAGGCCCAAGUCCACACAGCAAAGGAUUCAAUAGCUUGUAAGCCCAGCUUGUGUGCCCUGCAGCACCAACUGAGUUCCAUAAGGAAAGCUGAAGGAAUGUGGGGCAAGCAGGUAUUGAAGUGGCAAUCUGGGUUUAUGCUUUUGGCCCAAGAGCCCACCCUUGUGAUAACCGCUGUUCUGUUCAAUUGUGCAGCUGUCUUGCAUGUCCAUGGAUUGUACUCUGACGCCAAAGCUGAGUUCUGAAAUGGGAAUCACUGCAUAUCCUGCUCUUGAUUUACGAUUCAAGAACUGAAAAAAAUGUUUAUCAUAAUAGGUGGAAGUGCUUAUCAUAAUGUAUUAUCUAUAUUUUUUAAUAUUUUUAUUUGUUCUGUUGUUGAGUUUUGAUGUUUCUUACUGUAUGUGUUAUUCUGUAUUAAAGAUGUCCUGCUGCCCACAUGCAGCAGCAAAAUGAAGAAAA